GCAAUGUCGCAUUUAUAUUCUGUUACGGAACAACAAUGAGGCCUUUUUACUGGGUUUCUGGUAUUUAGAAUAGAAACACGUGAUAAAAGAGGUUGGCUGUUUGUUGAUGGGGCUGUUUAGCUCGAGGCUGAUCGGCUGGAUGUGAGAGAUGGCCUUCCUUCCCUGGCUGCCAGACUUCACUAAUAGGAUGGAGGCCUUUUUAAAUGAGUGGCUGUGGCAGGAGGAGUACUGGCUUCCUCAAGGUAUCAGCUGGCAGGACAUUGAGAUGUCGGAGAACGAGGGCCGCUAUCCUCUACCAAGGGAUCUUAUCUACACCUUGCCACUGGCCUUCGCUUUUAUAGCCCUCAGAUAUGUCUUUGAGAGGCUCAUCGCCGUCCGAUUAAGCAAACGUUUAGGGGUGAAGGACCGGAUUCGCAUUCGAGCCGCUUCUAUCCCGAAGCUGGAGAGCUUCUACAAACAGAACAGUCGGCAACCAUCACAAAGUGAUGUGGUGAGCUUGGGGAAGCAGUGUGGACUCUCCCAGAGAAAGAUCCAGACCUGGUUCAGACACAGAAGGAACCAGGACCGACCCAGCAACACUAAAAAGUUCUGCGAGGCCUCCUGGCGUUUUGUCUUCUACAUCAUAGCGUUCACAGCAGGGCUCGGCUCCUUAAUCAAUGCUCCAUGGUUCUGGGACCACAGAGAGUGUUGGAGGGGUUAUCCCAAACAGCCAGUGGCCGAGGCUCAUCACUGGUAUUACAUAUUGGAAAUGGGCUUCUAUUUGUCGCUGCUUCUGUGUGUUUCUGUGGAUGUUAAGCGAAAAGAUUUCAAGGAGCAGGUAAUUCAUCACAUCGCCACGAUAUUCCUCAUUGGUUUCUCCUACUGUGCCAACUAUGUGAGGGUUGGCACUCUGGUGAUGCUGGUGCAUGACUCUUCUGACUUUCUUCUGGAGUCUGCCAAGAUGUUGCACUAUGCCGGCUGGACGAGGAUAUGUGACUCGCUGUUUGUUGUCUUCUCUCUGGUCUUCCUGGUGACGAGGCUGGUGGUGUUCCCUUGCAGAGUGCUCCACACAACCCUGGUGGUUUCUCUAGAAUUCUUCCAGCCCUUCUGUGCUUAUUAUUUCUUCAAUACGCUGCUGUUAGUGCUGCAAGCUCUGCACAUCUUCUGGGCUUAUCUCAUCCUGCGCAUGAUCUACAAGUUUGUGUUCACAGGCAAGGUGGAGCGUGACGAACGUAGCGAUGAGGAGAGUGAGGUGGACGAUGAAGAGGAAGAGCCUGAGGAAGAAGGGGAUGAGUGCAGCUGGGAGCAAAGAAAGGGUGCAAUCAACUCCAAACUGGCAUCCUUGGCUAACAACUGUGUCCUGAACAACCUGACCAACCAGAGGAAUAUAAACAGCAGACUACCGAAAGCCAGAUAAUGGAAAAGCUCCAUGUCUACCAAGCCCCACUAGGAGAAAAAAUAUAUUUUCCCCACCGCCUUUUGGAGUUGAACUAGAUCAGGGUAAGUCUGCAUCCAGUUUACCUUGAAAAAGCGGGCGAAGAAGCACAGAUGAUCUGCACAUCCAGUGUGAGAUUAGGAGGAAAUGCCAUUGUAACUGUCACCACUGCAUACAUAUAUUUGGUAAAACAAGGAGACAGUGAAAUUUCCUUUACAACAAAUCAUAUGUGUUGAUUUGCAAACUAUGUGUUUAUGCUGUUUCUUUAUAUUGUAAAACAAAAACUUUUUAGUUAAUACAUAAGGACACAAGUACCUAGACUGUGUUAUAAUGCAAUUAUCUUUUCUUUGGUCAACAAGAAAAACUAAAUGUUUUUUAUACAAAAUCAAACUGUUCUAAUUUAAUAGGUGGCAUAAUAUGUUUUAAACAGAGCAAACUAAAGCUGUAAUUUAUUAGUCAUUCACUCCCACAGCUCGGUAUUCACAUAAACAGUAUGGUUGAUUGUACAUAGACUAAUGAAAACAUUGAUUGUAGUAUAUCUGUUGAUAAACCACUUUCUAUAGCUAUUUUCUAUGAACCGUAAACUCAACAGGUAAUUUUUAUGUUAUAAUCUGUGGCUGAAUAUUAAACUCUACUGCAGUA